AUGCACAAGGUUUGGAGUUCUUCUAUGUUUUUAUUGGGAUGCCUACUUCAUGUCUGCUUGCCUUAUGCAGAUGAGCUUUAUACUGUUGAGAAUACAACAGACUCAUCAGGGAGUAGACAGUUAGAAACUUCUAAAACUUCUAUGGGACAAGCCAGAGGCUUCCUUUCAAUAAUUCGACCAACAGAAGCAAUACCAACUAGACCAACUGUGAAGCCAUCAGAAUUCCAUACAAAUAAAGCAAUUCCAUACAGGCCUGGUCUUGUUCAUGUAAUUUCAGUUUCAAGUAUAGCCUUUGUCAUUGCCCUGUUAUGUGGGCUCAUGAUCUCCUACGUGAUAUAUCGACUGGCAAAGGCUGAGGAAAAACAGCAGCUUGCAAUGUUGUAUGAAAACAUUGAGAUUCCACUUGUAGAUGAGAAAGAGGUUUCUGAAGAUGGUGGUUAUGAUGAGUCUUCUCAGUCGCAUCCAGAGAAUGAGGAGCUGGGAAAAUUCAUUGGCUCAGUUAUUAAAACAAAAAGAAUGGAAAACAUUAGGAAGAAAAUGAAGGGAGAGCAAUAUGUAUUGAAGAGUACAUCAGAGAACUCCAGUUAUCCUGAAAAAGUGGAGAGUUAUGAAAAAAUGGAGGAAGAUGAAAACUCAGAAAAGCUGUGA